CUGAUCCUGAUCUCCAGGGCCUGGCACAGCAGCCAGCUGCUCUCCUGCCCUCUGCUGCCCGAGGCUGAGCCCUGUGCCCCUGCCGGCGGCGAUGGAGCAGUACGCAGCCAGCAGCAGCAGCUCCACGGAGCAGAUCGUGGUGCAGGCUGGGCAGAUCCAGCAGCAGCAGGGAGCUGUCACUGCUGUCCAGCUGCAGACUGAGGCCCAGGUGGCAUCGGCCUCGGGCCAGCAAGUCCAGACCCUGCAGGUAGUGCAGGGGCAGCCCCUGAUGGUGCAGGUCAGCGGGGGGCAGCUGCUCACCUCCACGGGGCAGCCCAUCAUGGUGCAGGCUGUGCCUGGGGGGCAGGGCCAGACCAUCAUGCAAGUGCCAGUGUCUGGGACACAGGGCCUGCAGCAGAUUCAGUUGGUGCAGCCAGGUCAGAUUCAGAUUCAAGGUGGGCAGGCUGUGCAGGUACAGGGGCAGCAGGGCCAGACCCAGCAGAUCAUUAUUCAGCAGCCCCAGACUGCAGUUACUGCUGGCCAGACACAGAGCCAGCAGCAAAUAGCAGUCCAAGGGCAGCAGGUGGCACAGGCAGCUGAAGGGCAGACCAUAGUCUACCAGCCAGUGAAUGCUGAUGGAACCAUCCUGCAGCAGGUCACAGUCCCUGUUACAGGCAUGAUCACCAUCCCAGCUGCCAGCCUGGCUGGGGCCCAGAUCGUGCAGACAGGAGCCAGCACCAACACCAGCAGCAGCGGGCAGGGCACCGUCACUGUCACCCUGCCCGUGGCUGGCAACGUCGUCAACUCGGGGGGCAUGGUCAUGAUGGUGCCCGGCGCGGGCUCGGUGCCGGCCAUCCAGCGCAUCCCCCUGCCCGGCGCCGAGAUGCUGGAGGAAGAGCCUCUCUACGUCAACGCCAAGCAGUACCACAGGAUCCUCAAGAGGAGGCAGGCCAGGGCCAAGCUGGAGGCUGAGGGCAAGAUCCCCAAGGAGAGGAGGAAGUACCUGCACGAGUCGCGGCACCGGCACGCCAUGGCCCGCAAGCGCGGCGAGGGAGGUCGCUUCUUCUCCCCCAAGGAGAAGGAGAGUCCCCACCUGCAGGACCCCACCCAGGCCAGCGAGGAAGCCAUGACACAGAUGAUCAGAGUCUCCUAACCUGCAGGAAGCAGCAGCAGCUGCUGGAGUCCCUCCCCCCUGCCCUGCCCUCCCAGUGCAGCAGUGAGUCUCAGUGGGACAAUCAGCACACCCAGCCUGUCCUCACCCUGCAGUGGGUGCUGGAGAGCUCAGCUGCAGCUGACUCAAACA